GAAGAGGAACAACCAUUUAAAGAGAGAUUUUUGAAGAUUAAUGUUCAUCAUAUCACAGAUGGUCAGGGUGUUAUUGGUGGAGUGCUACUAGUUACACCAAAUGCUGUUAUGUUUGAUCCCAAUGUUUCUGAUCCCCUUGUAAUUGAACAUGGAGCUGAAUCUUAUGGUGUAAUUGCACCAAUGGAAUUUGUAGUGAAUGCUGUAAUUUAUUAUGAUAUUGCACAUAUGCGUGUUGGACAUACAGAAUCUGGAAAUUUAGAUAAGAAGCCAGAAAUUUAUUAUAUGAAGAAACCCACACAAAACGAGAAUGUUAAGUGUCAGUCGCCGGAAAAGGAGGAAAAUUAUCCAGAAUUAACGACGGAUGAUAGUGAAGAUGUGUGCAGCUGUAUUGAAAGAGAUGGAGAUGCUUUUCCAAAGGCCUUUGAGAGAGAUCUCGUUACGCCCACCAAUCUUCAACGUGAAGAUGAUACAACGACAACCAAAGAAAAAGAGAAAGGAAAGGAGACUAAAGAGGUGUGCGGUGGUGGUCAAGGAAGUAGAACGUUAGAGGAACGUAGGCGUUCUAUGCUUGACCACCAUUGGCCAGUUCCUAGUAAAGAUCAGUAUCCUUGGCCAGUCGAGGAUGAACAAGAUUCUUUAAAUUCUGACAAGACCGACUCCGCGAAAUCGAAGGCGAUUCCUGAAGACGAAGAAGGAUCUCUAGUCAAACUGUCAUGCCACGACUCUGGUAUUGACAUACGUGACCCUAAUCCCCCUUUCCCAGUAGUUCAGCCUAACCCUUCAAAGAAAGUAUACUCAGACGCAGAUAUUGUCUUAUCUUCAGAUUGGGUACCUCCUAUUACUAUUGCCCCGACGAACGUUACUACUGAUACGCUUGAUACUGGUACUACUGUUAACGGCAGAAAGAAGGCGAGUUCGGUAUCUUUUAGCUUAGACAGUAACGCGGAGGAACCUGAGAAAGAUGAUGAACAUAAAGACGACGACAAACAAGAGACCCGUAGGAAUAAGAUGUUAAAACGAUUAUCGUAUCCUUUAUCUUGGAUGGAAGGAUUAACUGGCGAGAAAGAAGAUGAUAGCAAAUCUAGUUCCGAUAAAGUUUCAAGCCUUCCUAAUAGCGCGGAUUCUCAUCACUCGUCAGUUUUCAGCAAAGUUUUCUCAAGCUCGCCGAUCAACCUGGUGAGUGACUUUAGCUCGGGCCUGUUUGCUAAAACUCCCAGCGAAGAGAGCGGUGGGGGCGGUAGAGCUGGAGGAACACCUCCGCUUACCGCCUCCUCUCUCUCCCAGGACACCAGCAAUCCUCAGAUUUCACCUGGUCCAGGAGGGCUUAUGGGACGAUCUUCCGUGGGCACCUUCAUCAGACAGCAGCCGUUGACGUCAUCAGGUAGCAGCAGCGUGGACAGUAGUCGAGGUAGCAAAACAUCGACCACGGCGCCUCGAUUAGACUACCGCAGUAUGGUCUCUGUCGAGGAUAUGCCCGAGCUGUUCGUCAGUUUCGACAUCCAAGCACCUAAUUUUCCCGAACUCGACGGUCUCGAGCUUAUACCAAGACCAGCCCAUUCUUGCGAAGAUCCUCCACUGUACCUGAGAAUGCGAACCGGAAGACCCAAAGAUAAGAAGAUUCCACGCUCCACGCCUAUAAUGAGCUACGGGAAGAAGAAGCUACGGCCUGAAUACUGGUUCAGCAUACCGCGCAACAGGGUAGACGACCUCUACAGGUUUAUCCAUGCGUGGGUGCCGUCUCUUUAUGGAGAGCUCGACGAGAAUUAUUGGCGGGAACGUGGCUACAUCCUGUCGGACACCGACACUGACCUGUCGCCUGAAUUGUCGCCUCACGAGCCUGGAAAAGCCGGCGAGACCACUGAGGAGGGGAAGCCCCGCAGCCAAGAUGGUGACGAUAUCUCAGAGCUGACUAGAGAAUCAUGGGAGGUACUGUCUAUGAGCGAGGAGCUCAGGCGAGCACUCUACACGAACAGCGCCGUCUCCCUAGACAACGAUGUCAUCGUUCCUGACCUGGUGGGCAACACCGAGAUCCUCAGCGACGACCACAGGGAACAAUUGUGCCGGCAUCUGCCCGCAAGGGCGGAGGGCUACCUCUGGACCCUUGUGUUCAGCACCAGUCAACAUGGGUUCAGUCUGAACAGCAUGUACAGGAAAAUGGCCAAGAUAGAGAGUCCAAUCUUGUUAGUCAUCGAAGACACAGAAGGCAAUGUGUUUGGUGCGUUGACCUCGUGCGCUCUACACGUGAGCGAUCUCUUCUACGGAACCGGGGAGUCCCUUCUCUUCAAGUUCACGCCCAGGUUCCAAGCGUUCCACUGGACAGGUGACAAUUUAUACUUCAUCAAGGGCAACAACGAGAGCUUGGCUAUCGGGGCCGGGGACGGAAAAUUCGGUCUAUGGCUGGACGGAGACCUGUACCAAGGCAGGACGCAGUCGUGCAGCACCUAUGGUAACGAACCUUUGGCGCCGCGCGAGGAUUUCGUGGUAAAAACGUUGGAGUGCUGGGCAUUCAUAUAGGACACAGCCACCACGUACACGUUGUCCGUGACGUCGCCCUCGCCGCAACCUAAUCUGACUUGAAUCCCGAGAGUCUCGCACUGAGGUUGAUCGUCCCCCGAAGAAGAAAAUGACGAAGAAAGAAGAGGGAAGAAUUGUCAUAGCACAGUGGAGAGGACUGUUACCAAGAUUUCCAAGAGACAUUUUACCAGAGGAGAUUAAAGAGAAAACAGAAAAAAAAACCGAUUAACGGGAUUUACCGGUUAGCUCUCGAUUAUCGUCGAUAAUGGUAUUCUUUAAACGGAGAGAAGAAAGAGAAUCCUCCCCCCGACGUAUUUUCCUAGAAACGGGACGAGAGAUUUUUGUCGAGCGUGUUUACCGGAUGUAGAAGAGAGAAGACAUGGAAGAAUUGUGAUUUUUUCGUUAAAUUGGAAAGAAGAUACGAUGGAAAAGACGUGUUGGUUGAAGAGAAGGAAGAAAAAAGAAGAUGAGAAUAUUGAGAAAAGGUUGUAACGUUGUCGAGUAAUAUGGAACGUUAGAACCACACGCGGACUACGAAUUAAUUAAUUAACCGAUCGAUUCGUCGUUUAAUCGUCCUAUGUUUGUUUUUCUCCUUUUCUGUCUCUUUUCUUUUUUAAGUUGCCGUAUUUAUUUUAUUUUUUUAUAUAUGUAUUUUCGUUGAAUGAGCCUUUAUUACUCGUUCGAUUAUGAUUAUUGUUUUUUUCUUCCACGCGAUCGCGUGUCGUUCGAGAAAAGGAUCGAAGGAUCGACCACGAUGACGAUGUGAAUUUGCUACGAUAAUGUAUAAAGAUGAUGAGAUAAUCGAGGAGGAUGAUGUUGAUGAUGAUAAUGAUGAUGAUCGUGGUGUGUUGCCUUCGAACUAGUCGCGAGUAUAACGAUAUAAUAUUAACUGAUAAUAAUAACGCUUCGUUUUUUUGAGAGAUUACACGAUCGCCGAUAGAUGAGGUACGAUCGUUGAUCGCGCGAGCAAAAUGUGAGAGAAUGAGGUGAAAGUGUGAAUGGGUGAUGCUGAGAUUGUGAAAGGGAAACUAAAACGCGUCUCCACGAUGGAGAGAAUCGAUGAUGAAUAAUGCGAGAAAAAGAUUAAAGAAACCCACGAAUCGAAUGAUAAUAACGAUGAUAAUGAUAAUAAAUAUGAUAUCACGAUGAUGCAAAAAAAAACACGACACUACGAGAAUGCUAAAAACUAACCGUAUUUGUUGAUGUGUAGUUACUGUAGAUAGAUGAAUGUAAAUAUAUAUAUUAUGAAAUCGUGUUUACGGUAAAAAAACAAACAAAUGAUUAAUUUUAAUGAAGCAAACAACAAGAACAACAAAAAACAAACAAACAUCAGUAUAAUGAUACCACGCUAAAAAGAUGGAGAAACACACGUUGCAAAUGAACAUUGUGUUAACUCGUUUCACGUAUAUCCCGAAGGACACACGCUGACUAUAUAUAUAUAUGUAUACAUAACACGAAUACUUACUACGAAUUUGUGCACACACAAUACAAUUCGAACGAUCGAGCAACAAACACAUACAUACACACAUAUCGAUCGGAUUGAUACGAUGAUACUCUGAUGUAAAACGAUCUAGGAUCUGAGAACAAAACGUAGCUUCUAGAAGACAAAACAGUACUGAUCUUACGCUGAUACUAAAAGAAGUCAUAGUGAAGAGAUCAUAACAGCACAGAUAUAUUAAGAAGAAAAGGAUAUAAACGAUAUCCGUCGUUGACACGAAUUAGAAACGCGACCAGAAAAAGAAAAAAAAAAUACAGAGCGUUUGCUUCUUGUGUCUCUCAAGUGACCACACGAACACACACACGCCUGUGCCUCGCUUCGCUCUCUUUCUCUCCCUCUGCUGAUAGAGCACACGCAACUUAACCACAAAACAUUACAGUGUUUCAAUUUUAACGAAUGAAGUUCUCUGCGUACAAUCAGAGCCGAUGGAAGGAAAGCGUAUAUUGCACUGAUGGAGCUCUCCUGGUCUUUCUUUUUUUUUUUUUUUUUUUUGCCCCCUCGCGAGAGCUUCACGCUACUCAGACAAUAAAGAGGAGUUUCAUCAUGGUAUCGUCGAUUUUUGUUACACACCCUGUAGACACCGUCUGUUGUAAGCUCGUUGUUCUAUCGUGAACGAACCAAAAACACUGUUCGAAGUACUUACAUUGAGGAAUAUCACGUCAAGAAUAUAGUUGUUUACAUGGUUCAUUCAUGAAUGAGAACGAGGUGAAAGAAUUUUGAGAAAAAGGAAAGAUAUUGUAAAGUUUUUUACGUCGCGUUUACCGUUUCGCUCGGCUCUGAAGAUUGGCGAGUCGACGUCAAAUAGAGAAACACAUACACAGACACACAAAACACACACACGCGACCAGGUGUAACUGUCCGAGCUUAUAGUCUCUCACUAUGUGAAUUAAUUAGGAUUGAUAGACUGUCGCGAGAGAACCCACCGUUUCUACCGCUUUUUAAACGCGAAAGUUUCUGUUCAUUGACAGAGAGAUUUGUAGGAUUAAAGAAAACAAACAAAACAAAAAAAAAGCGUUGUUUAAAGGUAAAACGAAACGAGGAGGAUUGAUUGAACAUCGGACGUUAGGUGUUUUUUGAUAGUCAAUUUUGUAAAUUGAAACUGCUUCGCGAAUCAGGUGAACAUCCUGCGAGAAACAACGUCCGUUAAGCGAGUUCCGGUUUGUUAUUAUAAGCCAGAGAAUGAUUUUCAUUGCGAGAGGAAAGAUGAGAACGAGACGCCAUUUUGUACCGUAGCGAAACACAAUGGUUACCAUUCCUUCCAUUUUAAUAGGAACAGUUCUCGCGUCGUUUCUACGAUUUGCAUCCUUCCACGAAAACCUGCUUUUUUUAAAAUAAUCCAUUUGACGAAUGUAUAAAUUGAAGGUGAAUUGAUUCAAUUUUUAAUUCGAGGGAGAAAACUUUAAAAAAAGAAGCGUAUUGUAAUGUGUACUACGUUCACUUGCGACGUGGAUCGUCGCAAAAGUCUCGAAAGAAAACGCGCAGGAGGAAUGAAAAUCGUAGAUCUGAACGAGAGCAAUAUCUCCGUGCACUGGUUAUGAAACGCACUUGAACAAGAAAAAAAAAUAAAGAAAACACGG